UGCUCGGCCGCCUCUCCGGGGGCCUGGCGCGGCGCGACGGCCCGUUGCCGUACAGCAUGGCGGCGCUGUGGCGGAGGCGGCGGCGUCUCCUAGGAGCGGCGGGGCUGUGCCGUACGGCGCGAGCCCUCUCAGGAAAGCCUGAGUAUGAUCUUCUGGUAAUCGGUGGAGGAUCUGGAGGCCUGGCUUGUGCAAAAGAAGCUGCUCAAUUUGGAAGGAAAGUGGCCGUUCUGGAUUAUGUGGAACCUUCUCCACAAGGAACCAAAUGGGGACUUGGUGGAACUUGCGUGAAUGUUGGUUGCAUUCCUAAAAAGCUCAUGCAUCAAGCAGCCCUUUUAGGGAGUGCCCUUAAAGAUGCCCAGCACUAUGGCUGGAAUAUAGCCCACCCUGUUCAUCAUAACUGGUCAGAGAUGGCUCAAGCUGUUCAGAAUUAUGUGAAGUCCUUGAACUGGGGACACAGAAUGCAGCUACAAGACAAGAAGGUGAAAUAUUUCAACGUGAAAGGGAGUUUUUCAGAUCCACAUACAAUCCGUGGUUUAACAAAAGGAGGUAAAGAGACUAUUCUUACUGCAGAAAAAAUUGUCAUUGCUACUGGAGGAAGACCAAAAUAUCCUAUACACGUUGCAGGUGCACUGGAGUAUGGAAUCACAAGUGAUGACCUGUUCUGGUUAAAAGAAUCUCCUGGAAAAACGUUGGUUGUUGGAGCCAGCUAUAUUUCACUUGAAUGUGCUGGUUUUCUAACCGGCAUUGGACUAGACACUACAGUCAUGAUGAGAAGUAUCCCACUUCGUGGGUUUGAUCAGCAAAUGGCAUCUUUAGUAACAGAGUACAUGGAAUCUUAUGGCACAAAAUUUUUAAAGAAAUGUAUCCCAACGAGAGUUGAAAAAUUGGAAAGCAACAGAUUACAAGUCACCUGGAAAAAUACUGACUCAGGCACAGAAGAAACGGAUUCCUUUGACACAGUGAUGUGGGCAGUAGGUCGGGCUCCUGACACCAAAGCUCUCAAUUUGGAGACAGUUGGUGUGAAAACUAAUUCUGAAACUGGAAAGAUCAUUGUGGAUGCCAGUGAAGCUACUUCUGUUCCUCACAUUUACGCAGUUGGAGACAUAACAGAGGGCCGUCCUGAACUGACACCCACAGCAAUAGCUGCAGGAAAACUGCUGGCUCAGCGUCUUUUUGGCCAGUCUUCAGAAUUGAUGGACUAUGACAAUGUACCUACUACCGUUUUCACUCCCUUGGAAUAUGGUUGUGUUGGGCUGUCGGAAGAAAAAGCCAUGCAGUGUUAUGGAUCAGAUAAUAUUGAGGUAUACCAUGCAUAUUAUAAACCUUUAGAGUUUACAGUGGCUGAAAGAGAUGCAACUCAAUGCUAUAUGAAAAUGGUGUGCUUACGAGAGAGAGAGCAACGAAUCCUUGGCCUUCAUUUCAUUGGACCAAAUGCAGGCGAAGUUAUUCAAGGAUUUGCUCUUGGAAUCAAAUGUGGUGCUACCUACCCUCAACUAAUGAAGACAAUUGGCAUUCACCCUACCUGUGCUGAAGAAAUUACCAAGUUGCAUAUUACAAAACGUUCUGGCUUGGAUGCAACAGUCACAGGGUGCUGAGGUUAAAUACCAUCCCUGGAAAGAAGGAAAAAAAGCACAAAAUAUAUCUGAAAAGAAAUGGACACUUGAGUUGAAACAGAUGACUCAAUGAAACUCAAUGGCUUGAGUUCCAGAAAUCUUUCUCAUUCUUCCUGUAGACAGCUUUUUCUCACAGCCACACAAAGAAAUGGUCUUCACACCAGCUUUAAAGCCAAUGCAGUCGUGCUGUGACAAAUCUCUCUUCCAUAGCACAUAUAACUCUUCUCUUGUUAGGAGCUUGGGAAUAAUCACAGCUUUAUGUAUAAAAGUAUAUCUGAAAUCAUUAACAUCUUGAGGUCUUCUUAAAUUUAAACAGUUGUUGUCUGAGUUUCUAUGUUGGCAUGGCUGACUGCCAACAGAAUUUUCUCGCACUGUUUGUGUACAGAUGACAGCCAUCAGACAGGGCUUCCCUUAGAAUUUUGUUGAUGGUCCUCUCUCCUAAGUACUUGGAUAGUUCAUUACUGAUCCUAAUAUUGAACAUUGAAUCUUUUUGCUCACUAGUAGAAGCGAGUUCCCAGUGUACGCAACAAUAGGUAAGUAAUCAUUUUUUUUUUUAACCUCCAAAAUGUAGUAUAAUAUCUCACAAAUUACCGCUUAAACACUGUAUAUUAAGCAAUGUUGAAAAGUAGAAUCAAAGCCACUAAUAAUCCAGCUCAUGCAGCAUUUUUUGUUUGUUUUAGAAUGUGGAAGUCUGGCCGAUGAAGUGGUGUAUUUUCAUUGGUUUUGGUUUUAAUACUGUCUAACUGAUGAGCUGGAUUCUGCUUUUAAGUGGAUUUAGAUAAAAGCAUAUGUUACUGAAGGGAACUAUAUUAAACAGUGAACUCAAAAAGAAAUGGCCCUGCUCAGAACACACAUGGAAAAUAAUUAUCUGCAAACUCUUUUUUCAGAGUAUUGGCCAGAGUAAGAAAGCAUUAAUCUAUUGCAAGUUUCUUAAUGCAAGUUUCUGAUUAUUUUCCUGCUAUCCACAAGGGGGAGAUGCUGGCUAAUUUGUGGCAAGGAAAAAACAAAACUGAUAGUGAAAGUUGUUCUGCAGAAGCCUGUUAAAUAGGUAGCGUGACAAAGCCACAACACAAAACAAACUUCAUUAAAUUUCAGUGUAAGUUGCAGUUGCCAUCAUGUUGAUAUGCAUAGUCAGUUUCUUGCAUAGUAGAAUUGUACAUGUAGGAAAGGGAGAGAUCAGAAUGUAUACUUCUGGCAAUUAAUUUAUAUCAGUGUUUUUGCAUGUGUAAUUUGAUGUUUUCAUAGCUGUCCUAUGUUCUGCUCGCUACACAUUUUGAAAGAGAAGUCUGAUCAUGCAUAUCUUUUACUAUUUUUUCAUUGACUAUUUUGCUGCUACAGAUUGCAGCAUGAUUGAUUGAUUUAUUUCAAGUGUGAAAUAGUUCUUUACUGUGAAAAUUGUACUUGUCGGAGAAACUAUUGCACAAAAAUUGAUCAGACAUUCUAAAAUAUGUAGUAAUAGCAUUUAUCAUGCUCUUGUUUUCACUAGAAUACUCUGUUUUUGAGGAUUUGCUCUGACUUUAACAGCGACAAAAGAAAUACUAAAUGUUUUCUCUUCAAAGUUUCCUGAUAUUUCUGAUCCGUGAAAAAGGAAAGGCUGAUGCAAUUUGACUGCAAGUGGCAUUCCCUAUCAGAUCUGCUGUUGCAAUUUUUUUCCUAUGAAAUCAUCAGUAAGCUUGUAAUAGGAAAAAAAAAAUUCUUUGAGUGGAAGUGUAGUCACAAUACUACCUAAAUAUUGCCUUUAGAGGAAAUGGUAUGAAAACCCUACUAGGAGAAAAAAAUUCCAAGCUGUAAAAAUGUUUGUAGUAAAUUAUAUUUUUGAAAACAAUUUAUAAUAUAAAUUAUAAAAUAUAAAUUGAUUUUAUAAUAUUUUGAAACAUUGAGAUACUGAGCAUCUCCGACUACAGAGAUUUUGUGUUGAGAAACAUCUCACCUCUGACUACACUCUAAUGUGAUGUGUGCAAGAUAUUUUUUUCCUACUGAUUACCUAUUAUAGUUCCUUUUACACCCCUGAAUGAAAAUCAGUGGUCAGUCAUGUGAAAGUGGCUUCUCUUCCCUGUCCUACUAAUGCAUCUAGUAGACUUUAUCUGCCCCACAGACAUAUCAAUGGAAAGAUGAGUUCGUUUCAUUCAUCAUAAAGUUGAAAAUGAUUUGAGACAACUAGUAAAGAGAUCUCAAGGAAAUGUGUCCUCAGUAUAUUUUGUGUUUGAAACUAAGGCCUGUCAGCAUCCUUGAAAUAAUAGGAACUCUCUUGGUUUUAGAAUUGUUAUGUUGACUGCAUGAAAACUGAUCCUGUAUCUUGAACUGCAGCCUAGUUCUCUUCCUCAUUUAGUGGAAAAUGUUGCCACCUGAAGUAAAACUAACUGUACAUUCGCACCUACAGAACCCUAAUGUCAGAAUCAACAGUAAGAUAGAAAAAUGACUACUAGUGUGCUUUGUGCUUUUUUUCCUGAAGGAUUCUUUGAGGAACUCUCCAGGGAUGGUCCUUAAGAAUUGUUUUUAAAAGCCUGACUAAUGUCAAUUGGAAUGGCUGAUGUAUGCCACAAAUUAUUAUUACAUGUGAAAGUUAAAAAUAAUUUUAGUCGGGCUUUUUCUCCGGAUGCCAGCUGAUGAAGUCUUGUUUGUCAAACCACAGCAUGGUGCAGACAAGUCUGAGCAUUGCUGGGUCCCUCAUAUGUAUUAUCCUGAUAUUUAUUGUGAUGUGAAUUAACAAAUUAAUAAACAUUGUAUUUUU